CGUACGUCUUCGCUUCUUGCACCACGCUCUCUCACCGCUUUCACUUCCUUCGCCAGUGUACCUCUUCAUCUUCGACUCGCUAAAAUGACAGGCGAAACAGCGGUAGAAAGUAAAUUAUCACCACCACCCGUUCUGUGGGCACAGAGGAAAGGCCUGCUCUACCUAAAGGUGGCGCUGGAGGACUGCAAGAACCCCACAAUUAAAGUAGACAAAGAUUCCCUAUACUUCAAAGGAGUCGGAGGAACAGAUGCCAAAGAGCACGAAGUCACCAUCAACUUUUUACAUCCCAUCAAGCCAGAGGACUCUCGGCAUGUAGUGCACCCCCGUGGGGUUGAGUUUGUCCUGCAGAAAGCGGAGGAAGGACCCUACUGGAGCAGGCUCUUGAAAGAAGGCGCAAAGUUCCAUUGGCUCAAGGUCGACUUCAACAAAUGGAUGGACGAGGAUGACUCCGGGGACGAACUAGCGGGCGGCGGAGGAGGUGACUUCGAAGAGAUGAUGCGACAAAUGGGAGGACUCGGGGACGAUCCCACCAGCGGAGACUUAGAAAAUGCGGGUGACAGCGACGACGAAGAAAUUCCAGACUUGGAGAGCAGCAAAGAAUAAAGCUGCAUUAAUGCAGUCCUUGUACAGAGCAGUGUUUACAACAAGCUGCACCUCGUCACAUGUCUUCGAUCAACAGCACUCCCCCCCCCCCUCCCCCAUAUCCUCUCUUUAUGUGCCUCCUAUCCAAUAAACAUACAUUUAUGUUGAGUA